AUGAGUGUCCACGAACAAAUGCCCAGUUCUUACCAAGAGAUGGAAUCGUACCUCAGCAAGGCGGAGCCCCGAGAUUACGGUUGCUGCGUGCAGUGCUUUCGGCGAGGCGGUGCGUUUCUGUUGCCGAUCGUUUGCGCUCGUCACAUCUCCUCUUCUUACCUUGGCGAAGAUCAACGCCAGCGCCAGUGUGAGUCGAUCGAAUUCGAGUUCGAUGUUGACGACGGCAAAUCGUCGUCAAGCGGUCACGACAAGAAGAGGCACUCAUCGCUCGGUCGUCAAUCCUCAAAACUGGCUAAGUUACACAGCUGGUCCCGAAGGGCGGCUAUUAACGUAUUGCUGAAGUGUACUUCACUGUCGGCUUCACCGGAACCUUCGUUUCGCAAGGACACGUCGACCAUCGGUCUGUCGGUCGGUCGGUCGGCGGUCUGCCAGCCGCCUGCCCGGUGCAGUUGCACUUCCUUCGUUCAGCCUGACACACAAAAACGAGCCGUGACAGUUUUUACUAAUCGACGCUGAAU